GCGCGAGCGGGUGUAGCUUCCCAUGUCCGAUGAUGAAGACCUACGGCAAAAGAUACUGCAACGGACUCUUCAGGAGGUAACCCAAGAAGAGGGCGAGCACGAGGCAAAUCCUUGUGUUAUCUGCCUCGAACCCGUCUCCGAAACCGCCAUCGCGGUGCCCUGCAAGCAUGCAAACUUCGACUUUUUGUGUCUGCUGAGCUGGCUGGAACAGCGGCGGAACUGUCCGCUCUGUAAGAGCGACGUCUCCUCGGUCAAAUACGGCCUUGACAGCCCCCAGGGACCUAAAGUCUAUAAUCUUCCACCUCCACGGCCAGGGACUACCAGCGCACCCUUUUCUCAUUCAAGCGCAUCACACUUCAUUCAUCGUCUCCCAUCUCGCCGUCCGCGCCGCGCUCGAAGCCCCGCAAAUAGGCCCCAGCACCAAGGCCAACCGAGCGAGGACCCCCUCCGCCGACGCCAAUACAUCUAUCGCCACCAACUCUACUCCCUUCGUGUUGGUUCGAACCGUCUCUCCCAAUACCGUGAGCUCACUCCCGACCGCUUCAACCGGGAGGAGGAGCUCGUCUCUCGCGCCCGUAAAUGGAUCCGUCGCGAACUCAAAGUGUUUGCUUUUCUGAACCCGUCGACUGAGUCCGUCGGCCUUCAAGAGGCAGGUGGAGACUUGAGCUCGGCCCAGCGACAACAAGCCGGUACUCCUCGAACUGGUUAUCAGCGAUUGGAGAACCGACGCGGCAAUAAUGCCGAAUUUCUGCUCGAGUACAUCAUCGCGAUCCUCCGCACGGUCGAUAUCAAGGGCAGCGCAGGCCAGGCGGAAGAGCUGCUGCGAGACUUUUUAGGCAGGGAGAAUGCGCGCUUGUUUCUGCAUGAGCUCCAGGCUUGGUUGCGGAGUCCGUAUACAUCCUUGGAGGAUUGGGAUCGGCAUGUGCAGUAUGAGGAUAUGGCGCGCCGACAGGGAGAGGCGUCAGCGCAGGAGCUGAUGAUGGUUCGUCGGCGUCAACGCCUGUUUAUGGCUCCGGAGCCUCACAUAUUCGGGGAAGAAGAGGAAGAGGCCGCCUAGGGAGGGGUAGAGUGGCAAAGUCGGCUCAAUCGCGGAGACAGCCAUAUCAACGCGGAAGCCAGGAGCAAGCCAGAAGGGUACAAUAUGCUCGAGAGCGGUAUAUACCAGACUGACGUAGAACAGGCUGGGUGCAUUUUGCAGCGUUUUGUGGAGUUAUGGAUGAUGUGUAGCAUAUACUAUGAAUGAUGCAUGCUAUAGACAAAUGU